CGGCGAGGUUGUUGUUACAGCAAUUACAGUGCAAUUAUUCGAAGAUGGUAGUCAAUGACGAACUGACAAUGGAUCUUAAAUUCCACACGGUCGGAAUUGGCUCUAGUGCCAGGAAAGCCUUACUUCAAGCCCUUCAGGAGAACCGACUCGUCGUGGGUCUUACAAAUGCUGUUCGCAGUUUAGCCAAAGAACCGGACCAAUUCACGUUUUGUUUUAUGGCACCAGCUCAAGAAGAUUCGCACCUGCAAGAGGUUUUGCUGGAGGCAUUUUGCCUUGAACAUGAUAUUUACAUCGUUCGGGUUGACAGCGCUUACAAAUUAAGCAGGCUCGUGCACUCUUCAGUGAUAGCGUCCUGUGCUUUGGUGCGCAAGAUACCAAAGAAAUUAACUGGAAAAGCCAGCAACUCAUUCCGACGAUCAUAUCAUAGCAUUUUGGUAGAGCACUGCGAGCUGUUUUUGGACGAUCCGCAUAAGCCUAUCGUAAAGCUACCGGAAAAGUGAAAAGUGGCGGAAACUGCGCUGCGUCUUUAGAACAGCUUAUACUGUGGAAUGCAUCAAGUCGAUUGGGAACUCGGAUGAGCCGAAACGUACCUUGGCGAAGCGAUAUAAACCAGCCGGAACCUCGGCACCGAAGAUAAAAAUGCCCGGGUAGGGAGAGGCCGCCGAUCGACUAUGGCAAGGUGAUUUGCAUACAACAAAAACGUUUGUAGAAAACCGCCCUGCACAGGAUCUAAUUGCUUGUUAAAAAAGUGAUUGAUAAUUUGGUUUGGUUGAGUGAAUGUUUGAUCGUAAUGAAAUGUUUUUGUAAAAUUGUUUUU